UAGCUGUGAAAUUGUCGUUUGACACUGAAGUGGACUGUAUUUUGUUGGAUAUUUAACCGGACUGUGGGAUUUUGCUGAAAAAAUACAAGGAUUGAACAAUGAAAGGAGAAGUGCUGUUGUUCAUCUCCCUCCUUUCGCUCGGCUCGGUUAUUGGGCAGGUCAGCUACACGAUACCAGAGGAAAUGGCAAAAGGCUCUUUAGUAGGCAACAUAGCACAAGAUUUAGGUUUGGAAAGCAAACGUUUGACUUCUGGUAAAGCUCGAAUUUAUACCCGAGACAGCGACGAGUACAUCGAGCUGAACAGAGAAAGAGGAGUCCUCCUCGUCAAACAGAGAAUCGACAGAGAGGCUCUCUGCAGACAGACGACGCCUUGUGCUUUACAUUUUCAGAUUAUUUUGGACAAUCCUAUGGAGUUUUACAGUGUGACAGUCCAGAUUACAGAUAUUAAUGAUAAUACACCAACCUUUGAAAAAAGCGAAAAGAAAUUCAAAAUCAGCGAGUCAGCAAUCACCGGAGCAAAAUUCGUGCUGGAAAGAGCUGUUGAUCUUGAUGUUGGACUUAAUGAUCUUCAAAGAUACGAAUUAAAACCAACUGAUCAUUUUGCUCUGAAAAUCCACAAUAACGCAGAUGGGAAUAAAAACGUCGAGAUGGUGCUACAGAAGCCUUUAGACAGAGAGAAACAAGAGCAGAUAUCUCUUGUGUUAACGGCUGUGGACGGAGGAGAUCCGCAGAUGUCAGGAACAAUGCUGAUUGUUAUUACAGUUUUAGACCAUAAUGAUAAUGCCCCCGUUUUUACACAGCCCACAUACAAGUCUGCAGUAACUGAAAACUCACCUAAAGGCACAGUUGUUGCCACUGUCACAGCUUCAGAUGCAGAUCAGGGUUCUAAUUGUAAAAUAACAUAUUCAAUCACAAAUACAUUAGACGAUGUCAGGAAAAUAUUUGAAGUAAAUGAGCAAAACGGUGAAGUUUUAUUAAUUGGAAAUAUUGACUUUGAAGAUUCACGGAACUAUCAAAUAAAUCUGCUUGCUAGUGACGAGGGAGGACUCACAGAUUCUUGCAAAUUAUUUGUUGAUGUACAAGACAUGAAUGACAACGAGCCUGAAAUUAACAUAAUGUCGAAGUCAAAUGUGAUAUCAGAGGAUGCCGAACUCAAUACAGUCGUUACAAUGAUAAAUAUUGAGGACAUGGACUCCGGAGAAAACGGUAACGUGAAAUGCUUAAUUAACGAAAAUAUACCUUUCGCUCUAAAGAAAUCUACAAAUAAUUUCCAUAGUUUAGUGACAGAUAGUGAUUUAGACAGAGAGACAGCAUCUCAGUAUAAUAUUACAGUGACCUGCUCUGAUGAGGGCGUGCCCUCCCUCUCCAGCAGCGUCACUCUCACCUUACAGAUCUCUGAUGUGAAUGAUAACGCGCCUGUCUUUGACAGCAGCUCAUAUGAGGCCUACAUUGUAGAAAACAACACACCAGGCCUCUCUAUAUUCACAGUGAGAGCCAGAGACGCUGACUGGAACCAGAAUGCCCGUGUUUCUUACAUCCUGGAGGACUCCUCUGUUAACGGAGUGCAAGUCUCCUCUUAUGUGUCUGUUAGUGCUGAUAGUGGAGUCAUCCAUGCAGUGCGCUCUUUUGACUACGAGCAGAUCAAAGACUUCCACUUCCGGGUCAAAGCUCAGGAUGGAGGCUCUCCUCCACUGAGUAGCAAUGUGACUGUGAAAAUACUGAUCCAGGACCAGAACGACAACCCUCCUCAGGUCCUGUACCCAGUCCAGACUGGUGGCUCUCUGGUGGCUGAGAUGGUGCCUCGUUCAGCAGAUGUGGGCUACCUGGUCACUAAAGUGGUGGCUGUUGAUGUGGACUCUGGACAGAAUGCCUGGCUCUCCUAUAAACUGCAGAAAGCCACAGACAGGGCGCUGUUUGAAGUGGGCUUACAGAAUGGAGAAAUAAGGACUAUCCGCCAGGUGACUGAUAAAGAUGCUGUGAAACAAAGACUGACUGUUAUAGUGGAGGACAACGGGCAGCCCUCUCGUUCAGCUACAGUCAUUGUUAACGUGGUGGUGGCGGACAGCUUCCCGGAAGUGCUGUCUGAGUUCACUGACUUUACACAGGACAAGGAGUACAAUGACAACCUGACUUUUUAUUUAGUGCUGGCUCUGGCUGUAGUGUCCUUCCUCUUCAUCACGUGUUUAGUGGUUAUCAUAUCAGUGAAGAUCUACAGGUGGAGACAGUCUCGCAUCAUGUGUCACUCCAAUCUCCCUGUGAUUCCUUAUUAUCCUCCACGUUACUCAGACACUUUGGGGACAGGGACUCUCCAACACGUGUACAACUACGAGGUGUGCAGGACGACUGACUCCAGAAAGAGUGACUGUAAGUUCGGCAGAGCCGGUAGUCAGAAUGUGCUGAUAAUGGACCCCAGUUCUACAGGGACGAUGCAGCGGAUACAGAGUGAAAAGAGCAUCCUGGAUGAACCUGACUCUCCUCUAGAGGUGAGGUGCAAUUUGCAAAGUAUAUACUUCUUGAAUAUUGUUUCUUUGGAUAAAUAG